UUAAAGCGCGAGCUCUGACGGCGGGGCGCUAUUUAUAGAUCUCGAAAUUACUCGCAUUAAUGGUGGCAGAGCAGCUCCAGAAGGGACUUACGGUCAGUCCCGUUUAGGAUUUGGUUCAGAGCGGUUAAACAAAGGAUUAAUCAGGAUUCUUGGCUGAUUGAAGCGUCGGAAGCUAAUUGCAGAGUACGGGUGAUGUCAAUCGCUAUCCAGAGAAGUAUCGCUAUCCAGAGAAGUAGACUUCGAGCGGAAAGUCCGGGAAGAUCGAGAUCUAGAGGAAAAUAGGGACAAAUGAGGGAGAGUGGUGGGUCUAAUCGGUAAGUUUUCCGUUAUUUCGGCAAAGAUUCAGGGAGAGAUCGAGCCAACUGGGUCGAGUUCGGGAGCAGAAGCUUUCGGCGAGAAUCUCUGCUGGAAAAGUUUGGAUUUUUACUGCUUUAGAGACCAGUUCUUUAAACGGGCUGGGAUAAAGUAGAAGGUUUUGGAUUUCAAGCACAAAAGAGUAGUGGUGGGCGAGGAAAAGAGGAGAAGAGGGGACUAGGGUCAGGAAUUGGUCACUCACAGUGUUGUUUGUGGUCGAAGAUAUGCUGUUGGUAACGAUCGCUUUCAGCUCUGGCUUGUCCAAUAACUGCGGUGUUCCACAUGGUUUGGCCCACACCAACUUCCUCCAAUCCGGUCUACUUUAGCCACAUGAUCUGCCUGUGGAAGUGCCAUAGAAUAAAGGUUACAUCUGAAGAUCAAAUUCCAGUUUGAUGAUGGAUCCUGAGUUGGGAAGGCAUUUGAAUCCUCAAAAGAAGGAUUCUUGGAAGGCAAUCUUGCUUUUAGCAUAUCAGAGCUUAGGUGUGGUGUAUGGGGAUUUGAGUAUAUCCCCUUUGUAUGUAUAUAAGAGCACCUUUGCAGAGGAUAUAACACAUUCAGAGACAAAUGAGGAGAUUUUUGGUGUGCUUUCUUUUGUGUUCUGGACUCUUACCCUUGUCCCUCUCUUCAAGUAUGUUUUCAUAGUUCUUAGAGCUGAUGACAAUGGUGAGGGUGGUACUUUUGCUCUGUAUUCUUCAAUAUGCAGGCAUGCCAAAGUAAGCCUUCUGCCUAACAAACAGAUUGCAGAUGAAGAACUCUCUACUUACAAAUUAGAAAGCCCUCCAGAAACAAAGAAUAGGCCAAGGGUGAAAAUUUGGCUUGAGAGGCAUAAGAACUUGCACACUGCCCUGCUAGUAGUGGUUAUGCUUGGUACCUGCAUGGUGAUUGGAGAUGGCGUACUCACUCCAGCUAUAUCAGUUUUUUCUGCAGUUUCAGGACUCGAGCUAGCCAUGUCCAAACACCACCAUGAAUAUGCCGUGGUUCCGAUUACUUGUUUCAUAUUAAUUUGUUUAUUUGCACUCCAACACUAUGGUACCCAUCGUAUCGGAUUUCUAUUCGCUCCAAUUAUUCUGACUUGGCUGCUGUGCAUCAGUGCACUUGGCUUCUAUAAUAUUGUUCACUGGAACCCACAUGUCUAUCAAGCACUUUCCCCAUAUUACAUGUUUAAAUUCUUGAAGAAGACCAAAAAGGGAGGCUGGAUGUCCUUGGGUGGAAUUUUACUAUGCAUGACAGGAUCAGAGGCAAUGUUUGCAGAUCUCGGCCACUUCUCAUAUACUGCAAUUCAGAUUGCUUUCACUUCACUAGUUUAUCCAGCUCUGAUUUUGGCGUACAUGGGUCAAGCUGCUUAUUUAUCAAAACACCAUAAAAUCUACACAAGUUACCAGAUUGGCUUUUAUGUCUCAGUUCCAGAGAGCGUAAGGUGGCCUGUGCUUGGAAUAGCAAUUCUAGCUUCAGUGGUGGGAAGCCAAGCAAUCAUCAGUGGAACAUUCUCUAUCAUAAACCAGAGCCAGUCACUCGGUUGCUUUCCUCGAGUGAAAGUAGUCCAUACUUCUGAGAAAAUUCAUGGGCAGAUCUAUAUCCCAGAGAUCAAUUGGAUGCUCAUGAUCCUCUGCAUAGCAGUUGCUGUUGGCUUUAGGAACACAAAACACAUGGGCAAUGCAUCCGGACUAGCAGUAAUCACAGUUAUGCUGGUUACUACAUGCCUUACUUCUCUGGUCAUGAUCCUUUGCUGGCAGAAGCCCCCACUCCUGGCCCUUGCUUUUCUUCUAUUCUUCGGCUCCAUUGAGGUCCUCUACUUUUCUGCCUCCCUCAUCAAAUUUCUUGAGGGUGCCUGGCUCCCCAUCCUUCUUGCUCUCUUCCUCAUGGCUGUCAUGUUUGUCUGGCACUACACCACAAUCAAGAAAUAUGAGUUUGACAUGCACAACAAGGUUUCCUUAGAGUGGCUCCUUGCACUCGGUGAAAAUCUCGGAAUUGUCCGUGUUCCUGGCAUUGGUCUUGUGUUCACCGAUCUUAUCUCUGGCAUUCCUGCUAACUUCUCUCGCUUUGUCACCAACCUCCCAGCAUUCCACCACAUACUAGUUUUUGUCUGUGUCAAAUCUGUUCCUGUCCCUUUCGUGCCUCCUGCAGAAAGAUACCUUGUGGGUCGUGUUGGACCGCCAAAUCACCGGUCAUAUCGAUGCAUUGUCCGUUACGGCUACCGUGAUGUCCACCAGGAUGUUGACUCUUUCGAGUCUCAGCUCAUUGCUAGUUUAUCUGAUUUCAUACGAUCUGAAGCAUCCUAUGAUGGUCCUCGGUCUAGCAAGUCGAUGGAUGGGCAUGAGGAUGGACUUACUGUUAUUGGGAGCAAUGCACUAGCAUGUCCUCCCAGAUAUGAUUUUGAGGAAAAUAUCCAACCAGCAAGUGUGUCCAUUGAGUUCCACUGUGAGGGCAAUGCGAUGGAAUUGUUGCCUGCUAGUAUAGGGAAGAAGGUUCGGUUCUUUCUAGAGGAUGGCCAUAGCUCAGAAUUGGACAAGCAUGCAAGGGAAGAGCUUGAGGAGCUAUGUGAGGCACGUCAAGCAGGGACUGCAUUCAUACUAGGGCAUUCACAUGUGCGAGCAAGGCCAGGUUCAUCCAUCAUGAAGAAGGUGGCAAUCGAUCUUGUGUACAACUUCCUUGGAAGGAAUUGCCGGGGCCCAGAUGUUGCAUUGCGAGUGCCUCCAGCGUCGCUGCUUGAGGUCGGAAUGGUUUAUGUAUUAUGA